AUGAAAAACCUAAUUGACUGGACGCAAAUUGAGGUAACAGAACAUCCCUCGCUCAACUACAGCAGAUGUAUCGUUAAUUGCCCGGAAGUUACUCAGAUGUCACAAGAAGAAUUGCUGGCCGAGCUGGCACCACAAGGCGUAAUAGCGGUACGACGAUUCACCAGAAUGAUUGACAAUGCGAGAGUGAACACUCCUACAAUAGUGUUGACCAUGAAAGGAACCACCUGGCCUCAAUACAUCUUUUUUGGUGCACUCAGAGUAGCAACUCGUACCUACUUUCCUGCUCCAAUGUUAUGUUAUGGCUGCCUUGAAUAUGGACACACAAAAACUCGAUGCAAGGACACCCCCAAACGUCAAAAAUGCUCCGCUUCAGACCACACUUCCGAAGACUGCAAAGGAGACGCUAACUGCUUUCACUGCAAGCAAGGCCACAGGCCAAUCGACCGGAACUGCCCAGUCUACAAAAAGGAGAACGAAAUCAUAAGGAUUAAGGUGGAACAAGGUCUGUCAUUCCCGGAAGCAAAAAAUGCUAUGAGAGUCGCGUCGGUCCAAAAUCCUACGCCAACGUGA